AUGUCUGGCAUUGUAUGCCUAACUGCUUUUCGGGGAAUUAUGAGUUGGUUGUUUAUGAUCCAAGGCGAUGCAUAUUGUGGGAUUAACUAAUGCAGUAUCACACAUAAGAUUCUCUCAAGAGUCAAGCCUGGGAUUUUUACUCCACUUCAGGAUACAGAUCAGCCGGUUCAGGGAUAUCAUCUGAUUCCUUCAAAUCGAUUCUCUCUGCAGAUUUCAAAAUAAGCAAUAAAGAUCCCCUCAAAAUUGCAGUAAUCGGAGGAGGGCUUAUUGGGCCUAGACACGCACAAACAGUCAUUUCCAAUCUGUCCACUGUGCUUUAUGCUCUUGUUGAGCUAUCUUCUCACGGUCCUUCUCUGGCCAGAACCCUCGACACCACUUACCAUUUCAGUAUAUCGUCACUACUCCCCACUAUUCCUCUCCCAGAUGCCGCAAUAAUAUGCACACCAAACCACACACAUGUGCCCCUUGCUCUCGAGCUCAUCUCAGCCGAAAUCCCAAUCCUCGUUGAGAAACCUGUCGCAACAUCUCUCCCUUCAGGUCUCGAACUGGUAGAAGUAGCACGAAAGGCAAACGUCAAAGUCUUAGUAGGACAUCACCGUCGUUUCAAUACCUACCUUCUAGCAACCAAAGCAGGACUCCCAAAUUUGGGGCGAAUCCUAGCUAUCCAAGGUACAUGGGCUCUCCAGAAACCACCUUCAUAUUUCACCACCCCGGAAACCAACACAUGGCGUCAACGUGUUGAAGAUGGCGGGGGUGUGAUAUUGAUCAACCUCAUCCACGAAGUUGAUCUCGUACAGUAUUUAUUUGGUCCUAUAAAUCUGGUUUCGGCGUUGCAGACUGGGAAAGGGAGAGGAUAUGAAGUUGAAGAGGGCGCAGCUGUGAUGAUGAGAUUUGCGAGUGGAGUUGUGGGGUCAUUUGUUUUCAGUGACAAUUCCCCGAGUCCGUGGAACUUUGAGGCUGGGACCGGUGAGAAUCCUUUGAUUCCGAAGGUGGAAGCGGCCGAUGGUUUUUAUAGGGUGUUGGGCGAGAAGGGGAGUUUAAGUGUCCCAGGUUUAACGAGGUGGAGUUAUGAUGAGGUUCCAGGAAAGGAAGAACAUGUAGAAAAGGGUUGGGGGCGGGUUUUGAAGAAAGAAAAGCUGGAGGUGAGGGUGGAGGAUGUGCCCUUUGACUUGCAACUUAAUCAUUUUGUGGAAGUGGUCAGAGGGACAGAAGAGCCGUGCUGUAGUGGCGAGGAUGCGUUGAGGGCUUUGAAAGUCUGCCAGGCUAUCAAGAUGGCCACUAAAAAUGACGAUGGGUAUCCUAUCAAGAUUGAAGCUUAG